AUGGACAACGAUUCUUCAGCUCCCUUGACAGUCGACACCUCAGAGCGCCCCCGAACCCCUACAUUACCCACACCCGGCGGCUCAAAGACCCCUCCGACGAUAUCGACCAAGCGCUUUGCGGUGCCCGAGGAAGGCAUGUCCGCCAUUCAACGAGCUACAGAGGAAAUGGAGGCCGACGCGCUGAACCGGAGACUAAGAGAGAUCGAGAAUGCUGGAAGACAGAGAGACAGAACUCCAGGCCGAAGUCCUAGUAGGAAAAGACAGCGCAUCUACGGAGACCGGUUCAUCCCCAACAGAGACGGCCAGGACUUGCAGGCGACCUACAGCUUAUUACACGAUGAUGGCUCACCGGCGACUCCCUCAAGGUCGAGAAAGAAAACCCCUCACGGAGAACUGCAUUUUCAACGGACCGAAGAGGCGAAUAGGACAUACUCAAAGGUUCUGCGCAACGAGUUAAUGGGCGAUUCAGUACCGCAAGACUACCGGUCUCUUUCUCCAGACGAGUUGUUCGGCCGUCGGCAGACACCUCCAGGUCAGCCAUCAUUAUCAGCAAUGCCGCCCGCCUCUAUCACCCCCACCACUCCUCACAAGAACAUGUUCACCUACAAGUCUCCUCAGAAAGUCAUCGGCUCGGGUCAUCCAACUCCCUCAUCCCGGAAUGCAAAGCAUCCUGGCAUCAUCAACCUGAACGCAAGAUCGGAUCUAUAUUCAAUAUCACCCAUCAAUUACUCUUCUCAGUCGAUUCUUCAGACGCCUCGGAAACAACCUCGACCGAUCGCAAAAGUUCCCUACAAGGUCUUGGAUGCACCAGAGUUGGCGGACGAUUUCUACCUGAAUCUUGUAGACUGGGGAUCGGCCAAUAUUCUCGGUGUAGGGCUCGGCUCGUGUGUCUACUUGUGGAACAGUACCACUGGUAAAGUAACACAACUGUGCAAGCUUCCUGACAACGAUCUGGUGACGUCGGUCGCAUGGAUACAGCGGGGAUCUCAUCUUGCCAUUGGCACACACAAAGGCUUUGUUCAGAUUUAUGACGCCGAGAAGUCCAGGAGGUUGCGCACGAUGACGGGCCACUCAGCUCGAGUUGGCGCACUGGCUUGGAAUGACCAUAUCUUGACGUCCGGCUCUCGAGAUCGACUAAUCUAUCAUCGAGAUGUGCGGAGUCCGGAUCAAUACCUGCGGAGGCUGGCAGGGCAUAAACAAGAAGUUUGUGGUCUGCGCUGGAACACCGAGGAUGGCCAACUUGCCUCAGGCGGGAAUGACAACAAGCUUUGUGUGUGGGACAAGCUGUCUGAAACACCACUCUAUCGAUUCUCGAACCACGUUGCAGCAGUCAAGGCAAUCGCUUGGAGUCCUCAUCAGCAUCAUUUACUCGCUUCAGGUGGAGGUACAGCGGAUCGGUCAAUCAAGUUCUGGAACACCGCCAACGGAUCACUUAUCAAGGAGGUCGACACUGGGAGUCAAGUCUGCAACCUAGCCUGGAGCAAGAACAGCGACGAGAUCGUCAGUACGCACGGGUACAGCCAGAAUCAGAUCGUGGUGUGGAAGUAUCCCAAGAUGGAGCAGGUCGUCAGUCUUACUGGGCAUACGUUCCGUGUUCUCUACCUGAGCACCAGUCCUGACGGUACUACUGUUGUGACGGGAGCGGGGGAUGAAACACUCCGAUUCUGGAGGGUGUUUGGCAAGAAGGGCAAUGAAGGUCGGAACAGUGAUGGCAUCGCGGGCGGAUUGGGUGAUUGGGGUGCUAUCCGAUGA